GCAAGUACGACAACGCAGAUAUAUUACUCCUUACAGAGGAAGAGCAUGCUAUAUGGGCAGCUAAUAAUAAUGACCCGAAGCUCAUUAUUAUUUGAGACCACAAAUUCUUGGAGCGACGACCAUAUCAGAUGCUGCAAAAGUGGUUCAAGGAGAUGGAGACAGAGGCUCAAAUCUCUACAAAGCCAAUGCAAAUCGAUGUCCAGAUACUUAAUAAAGAUACAAGCAGACAAGCUGUUGAAAAUUUAAAGAUACAGGACGCGUUUACCUUAUGGAAGAAUGCAGAGGCUUCUCUAGAAGUUUGCAUACAAAAUCCGCCUGUUAAUUUUCUUAAUAUUGCAGACUGUGGGUAUGGAUGCUGGCCUGCAGGUGUCACCAAACACUACAGCUAUCUACGGAAGGUUGUUCGCUACUGUGAAUCAUUAAAAUAUAAUGAGAUCAACGUGGGAAAGCCAACAUUUCUACCAGUCUGCCCAGUGGAUAUCCAGCAAUGUAUGGGGUUUUCAAUUGUCGCCCAGCGAGGGGCAGCCUCGGGCUGGCAUAAGGAUCAGAACGGAGUUUCUACCAUGUUAACACUUGAGGGACACAAUGACAACAGCAAGCCAGAAGACGUCGUUAAAUACUGGCCAGUGUUUCCAAUUAACCGCUUUGGGCCAGAAGAGCAGGAGGCAUUUCGGAAUGGCUUCAUGGAGCAUGGUGAGAACUGGCGAUCAGAACUACAAGGGCCACAAAUACCAGUCAUUGCACUAGUGUGUGGGGAUACUCUUAUUCAACCACCUGGUACUAUACAUGCCCCUAUAACCCUCACUGAUUGCAUUUUUACUGGUACAAUGGUUUGGCGAGAACAAGAUUUGAAACUUUCUUUGACAGAAUGGCUUUUCCUCACAAACAAUGGCAGUUGUACAAACGAAUCUUUACCGCAGCAAACUCCAGAAAUCUUACAAUACUUACCAGAGGUAAAACUUGAGCUGGAAAAGUUUGGGUAUGCGGUUGAAGAGCUCCCACUGCUCGACUUCUAGAUCUUGCACGAAGGAUGCAGGUGCUCUACCACCUGUGGCAAGAGGUGUGGCUGUGUUAAGAAAGGAGUUUCUUGCAGCCUAGAAUGCCACAAGGGACUUGGAAGGGAUUGGGUGUGCUGCUUAUCUUUUUUAGCUACCGAAGAGGAGGCAUAAACCAUGUUCAGGGGAGAUUGGGGGAUGGUUUGGUGUGCGAGCUUUCAUUUUGGCAUUUGAUUCGGGGCCCCCUUUUUAAGGGGCCCUCUAUAAUUAGGGGCUGUCGGGGUAUUUUGCUCUGAAUAUAUAUACCUAAUAACUUUUUAGUUACAUUACGGCAGUGUUACGGCUAAGUGCUAGUGCUAUGGCUAGCACUUACAGCUGCAACCUCACGUGAUGGAUAACAUUGGAUAUCAUGGAUAUUAGAUAACAUUGGAUAUCUUGGAUAUUAUGUUAUCCAUGUUAUCCACAGAUAUCCCUUUGGCACGACGCCACUAUAUAAGUAG